UUAGGUUUUUUUUUUUGAUGCAAAGUUCUUAGUUCUUAGUUCUUAGUUCCUAGUAAGAGCUUUUUUCUGGAAAUGUAAAAUUCAACACAAAAUACAAGUGGCGAACCGUCGAUUCCAUUGGUAGGGAAGCAGCUUGCCAAGACCUCGCCUACAUCCAUAAACUCUCAAAUUUGCGUUUCCAAUACUGUUUGGGUCUUCGUCCUCUUGGCUGCUAUGCCAUGCCGAAUCGAAGUUUGGUGACGACGACGAUGAUGAUGAUGACCACCAAUAACGACCGUGACAAUCAACGCCUGAGACAACGACGAUUGUUGUCCGCACCAGCGGAUGACAAUGCCGACAGGAAUACCUCACCAGCGUAUUCUGCUCAGAACAGCUCCCCGUGAUAGCAUUCACCAUGUCAAGGCUUUUUUCCCAUGGAACCAUUAGGGCAGUUGCACAUUUCCUUCUCGUAAACCAGAGGACCAGCUUUGCAGAGAUCAAGAAGCAUGGAAUAUUUUUCAUCCCUGUACUACCUUCCUCCAUGAUUAGAUCAUAUUCACAGUGUAGUUUUUCUAGUCAAGGACAUGUGUUGUUUAAAUUAUUCAAAAUGAAGGAGAAUUUAUACAAGAGCGGUUAUUCCAAGAACUUUUCUUUUGUCUCAGCAAGUGAUAACAUGACACACCAUGCCCAAAUUGCUUGGAAAAGACUUUCACAGAUAUGUUCAUAUAGAGGCUCAGCUUUCCCUCCGAUAAGUAGGAUUGCUUGUGCUGUCAGCUUGGCAUUGGCCAGAUCACACCUGGUGGCUCCUAGCAUUCUUGCCUUUAUUAUUGGAGAGGUGGCAUGGACGCGGAGAACUUGGGCAGAUGCUGAAUACUUCCCUCAAGGGAACAAUCUAUACAAUCAUGCUCAAGCUGGAAAUGUCUAUCUAACUUCAUUCGUGUUCUCCAUCUUGGAGGGUCUUAUAUUGGUAGUGAGAUUGAUCUACUUGGCAAUUUUGUUUUCACCUGCAACUGUUAUGGCUCCAUUUGCAGAUUGGUUCAGUGGUCGUUUUAGGAAAACAUGGCUUCAGCUGGUCCAUCGUACACUAGAAAUGGCAGGGCCAGCAUUCAUAAAGUGGGGUCAAUGGGCUGCCACCAGACCAGAUCUCUUCCCUAGCGAUCUAUGCACUGAGCUUGCAAAGCUUCACUCAAAAGUACCAGCACAUAGCUUUGCCUACACAAAAAGGACUAUUGAGAAAGCAUUUGGCCGCAAGCUUCCUGAAAUAUUUGAAAAUUUUGAAGAGGAACCUGUAGCAUCUGGAAGUAUUGCCCAAGUGCAUCGAGCUUGUUUAAGAUUUUGCUACCCUGGUGAACAGGUCAAGCCCAUUGUAGUUGCUGUGAAAGUUAGACAUCCUGGUGUUGGUGAAAUAAUUAGGCGGGAUUUUGUGAUUAUUAAUGUGAUUGCCAAAAUAUCAAAUUUCAUCCCAACCUUGAAAUGGUUGAGGUUGGAUGAAAGUGUCCAACAAUUUGCUGUUUUCAUGAUGUCUCAAGUUGAUCUUGCGAGGGAAGCUGCUCAUUUGAAUCGGUUUAUUUACAAUUUCCGAAGUUGGAAAGAUGUAUCCUUUCCUAAACCUUUGUAUCCACUUGUGCAUCCUGCUGUCUUGGUGGAAACUUAUGAGCAAGGGCAAAGUAUUUCCUACUAUGUUGACGAGCUUGAAGGAAAUAAUAGAAUUAAAAGUGCACUUUCUCAUAUUGGUAGUCAUGCACUUCUGAAGAUGCUUCUGGUGGAUAAUUUUCUCCAUGCAGACAUGCAUCCUGGAAAUAUCCUUGUCCGGGUAGCUCCGAGCAAAUCUUUGCGCAAACCCAAGCCUCAUGUCAUUUUCCUUGAUGUAGGCAUGACUACUGAGCUUUCUAAAAGUGAUCGAGAGAAUUUACUCGAGUUCUUUAAGGCUGUUGUCCUUCGAGAUGGCCGUACUGCUGCGGAGCGUACAUUGAGAUUAUCAAAAAAGCAGAAAUGCCCAAAUCCUAAGGUCUUCAUUGAGGUAAAAUAUAUAGUGGUUACACCACAUUAGAGUAUGAGCACGUUA